GCGUGAUUACCACAAGCUGAAUAAAAAACAAAAAACCUCACCCACUUUGACCGCGAUUUUGUUGCAUUUUAGGGUUUAUAACACUACACAAAAUUUACUUAACCCUUUUUUAGCCGGCACCAGUAAGUUUUGAAAAACAAUAUUUGUAGUGUUAUUUUGAGAAGUAGAAAAUGAAUUAUUCGAUGGUAGCUAUGCGGUCGGCUUUUACGGAUGGCGGUUGCUUUUCGACGUUUCAGGAUAAAUGCAAAUCACUGACAGUUGCGAAACGGCCCACGAGGGUUUUCGUGGCAUCUGCUCAAAAAACGGAUAAGCCUAUCAAAGUUGGUAUUCUUGGAGCCAGCGGGUAUACUGGUGCAGAGCUUAUCAGAUUCAUUGCAAAUCAUCCUUACCUUCACAUUUCUCUGAUGACUGCUGAUAGAAAAGCCGGUCAAUCAAUUGCAUCGGUAUUUCCUCAUCUGAUCACACAGGAUUUGCCAGAUUUGGUUGCUAUUAAGGAUGCAGAUUUUUCUAGUGUAGAUGCUGUAUUUUGUUGUUUGCCACAUGGCACGACUCAGGAAAUAAUCAAAGGUCUCCCAACUAAUUUAAAGAUUGUUGAUCUUUCUGCGGAUUUCAGAUUACGAGAUAUCAAUGACUAUGAAGAAUGGUAUGGUCAGCCUCACAAAGCAUCAGAAUUGCAGAAUGAAGCUGUUUAUGGUCUUACAGAACUAUAUAGAAAUGAAAUUAAAUGUGCACGCCUUGUUGCAAAUCCUGGAUGUUAUCCUACUUCUAUUUUGCUCCCCUUUGUUCCCUUGCUCAAGGCCGGCCUUAUUGUAUUGCCAAAUAUUGUUAUCGUCUCACACUCUGGAGUUAGUGGAGCAGGACGUAGUGCAAAAGAGGCAAAUCUAUACACGGAAGUAUCUCAAGGGAUAUAUUCUUAUGGCAUCACAAGGCACCGUCACGUCCCUGAAAUUGAACAAGAAUUAUCCGUUGCUGCAAAUUCACAAGUAAUCAUCAGCUUUACCCCUACGUUAAUGCCAAUGAGCCGAGGCAUGCAAUCAAAUAUAAAUGUACAAAUGGCUCCUGGAGUUUCAGUUGAGGAUCUGAAGCAACACUUGGAGGGCUUCUAUGAGAAUGAAGAAUUUGUAGCGGUGCUUCCAGGUGAUCAAGUUCCACACACCAAAUAUGUCCAAGGUUCCAAUAGUUGUCAUAUGAACGUCUUCCCUGAUCGCAUUCCUGGGAGAGCAAUAAUUAUAUCUGCUAUUGACAAUCUUGUUAAGGGAGCUUCUGGUCAAGCUUUACAAAAUCUUAAUUUGAUGAUGGGAUUUCCAGAAAACACUGGGCUCAGCUGCAUGCCCUUGUUUCCUUAGAUGCAUCAUUACAGUAUAAUGAAGAGUGCCUGGUCCAUCCGAGGAAUGUCAUCCAGGUAAGAUUUCUGGCAUCAAAGUAACAUUUUGAGGGCAAUUCUGAUAUCAUGUGUAAUUCUUUCGUGUUUUUUGUAGUCUUAGUUAUUCAGAGGUGGUUUUUGAUGUAUUUGUUUUUACGUUAUUCCAAAAUCCUACCAGAUAAUAUAUCUGAUUUUUGUUCAA